AGCUUAUUGUUAUGCUAACAUGGAGGAUACCUCGAGCGAACCCGGAUUUCCCUAAAAUAUGAGAUUUAACCAAAAGGAACUCGCUUUUAUUGCUACAAGAACAGACAUUCCCUUUGACAAGGAAGAUGUAUUGUGGUUGAAGGAGAAAGAAGGCCAUUUCUGGCAAAGGAACGAAGGUAAAAUAUAAACAGAUGACUUCAAAUGAUCGAGAUAUUUAAAGGAAAGUAUUUUUGACAUCCAGAAUCGUCAAUUACCUAAACAGUUAGGUUAAUAAAUUUUUUGUCUUCGCUGUAUAGAAUACCUUUAAAUUGUUUUAAUAAUUAUAAAUGUAACCUCUGAAUCUAAGUUCGUGCAUUUUUGAUGCCUAAUUAUAACAUGAGGUUUACCGCGAAGCAUAUUUGUAAUCCGUGAAUUACAUUUGCAAGAUUAUCUCGUUUCAAUUUUCUUGACAAAAAUGCUAUUGGUCCCAUUAAAGAAUAAUUCUUGGUAUAGCUCCAUUGUGUCAAAUUAUGUAGUUUGUUGUAAUGAAGUGAUAAAUAAACCCUUGGUUGAUUUUAGAAGGAAGAGCAAUAUUGUUCUUGUCCAAAUAUUGCAUGUGUUCAUAUUAUAUUUGAAACGAAACCAGGUAAAUGCAAGAAUCAAUACACAUCAAUCGAGAUUAUCCAGCAAUUUUGAAAUUAAAAUUUCACAUACAGUUAUCUUAAUACUGUGCAGGAGACGAGAAGGUUUGCCAAAAAUUUGAGAUGCUUUAAGGAAAUUGAAUCAAUGUUUUUUUCCUUAAGUUUAUACAGAAAGAUGGUUUCGCCUCAGAGGAAAUCUGCUGUUCUACUUCAAGACAAAAGACAAGGUUUGUAUGCAUCUGUGACCUAUUAACCUAACUAGUCAUGAAAACUGUAUACCUGAUUCACUAUAGCUUGCUGUUAGCUUGGCAGAAAGUAAAAAACCUUUGACUUAAUAAGUGAUUUCAUUAGUAUUGUCACAUUUAUCAUGUGAACAGCAGCAAUGGCAAUAAUAACAACAACAAUGGCACUGACUAUGAGUUUGUGGGAGGUUAGGAUCACCAGAAUUAAGGGGGAGGCAUCAUGUAAGGCAUCACGGCUUAUCUCCAAAGGGUGAUGAGAUUUCAGGAUUGCUUAAAAUUUUCAAGAUCCAAAAUAUUUCAGUGUACCAUUUGCCAACCCUCUGAAGAGCAGAUGAAACAUUUACUCGUUGGUUAUUAACUGGUGUUUGAUUUAAAACUGAGACCAAAUUUUUGUGAUUUUAUGCAGACCUCUGACCCUGUUGGUGCUAUAGUGCUUGAACGGUGCCGAGUGUUAAAAGACUCACCAACUCAGAAGAAGCAUGGAUUCACAAUUGGUAAAUUAUUUCUUCCUUUAUAAGUUAGGCAAGGCAUGAAAUAGUGCAUCUUCACACAAUCAUUUGGAGUUUGAUUUACAUGAUCACAAUAUUUGAUGUCCAAUGCACUUACCAAAAAAUAAUCUUGGCCAACCUGUCUCUAAUUUCUUUCUACCUGAUCAGUUUUCCUUGCUUUAAUUCCAAAAUAAUGUCUGUGCAGGAGGUAAUUAAAUUUCUUAACUCUCUAACUUCCAGAAGUGAUUAAUAUGUUACUUCUCCCUGUAGUAUUCAUACAUUAUUCAGCAAACAGGUGGUAAGAAUACUCAAACUCAUCAGGUACAAUUUUUGACCUUGAUUGAACACCAAUUUCUUGUAAACAAAGAAAUAUGUACUAGCUAGAGAGGAGAAUUGACUGGGUUAACUGUAAUGUCAAGACUGUGUCAUUCAAUUCUCAAUUCAGUUAUGACAGAUUAUUUUUGGUGCAUGGUGGUUUAUCCAUUGGCCAUUGAUUCUUUUAAUUCAACAGUGUUUGAUGAAGAUGACACUCAGAGGUAUCAUCUCAGAGGAAAUUCAACCAAAGAUACAGAAGAAUGGAUGGAAAAGAUAAAAAAUGCCAGGUUAGUUGAAUAUGUCUUUGGUUAUGUAUGGCAAUCUCUGGACCCUUGCCUUUGGACCCGCCAUUGUGUCUCUUUACUGAGUGAUGGUAAAAGGGAAGUAUCUGACUUUAACCUUUUUAAAUUGGUCACAAAGCUCUUAUUUCUUUUUCUUUAUUGAAUGAAUAGUUAUGAAAGUCUAAGAAGCAAGCUUCUUAGCUUGAGGAAACAGCUGAUGGAGAUUACUGGAAAGGUAAUACUUGUUAAAAUAGAGAAAUAUCCUGCUGUUGAGAUCCAGGAAUGUAUUAAUCUACUUUUCAACACUUAGUGGUUGUCCUAGAAAAUUCAUGCGUCUUUUUCAGCCACUUACAUUCAAAACAAAAAUAAAUUAUACAAUCAGACAGGGUCCUGCAAACCUUGCUGCUUCAGGAAUCAUUUCUCAAAGUGCUGUGAAUUUUGUUUUAAGUUAUGUCUUCUAAAUGCUUGAAUCAUAUAUUAACUUAAAUUCUUAAUUGUUUAUCACAGGAUCCACUUCCAGAUUUUCAUCCUCUAGCCCAACAAGAGGUAAUUUUUUCAUCCUACUUGAGGUUUUCAAAAAUCUGAAGAAUCUGGUUUGUAGAUCUUUAUAAACAUUUGGCUUAUGUGUCCACAUGAGUGAGGUGUGGCAUAUUUCAGAAAGAAGGGAUAUUAAAAAUCUUGGAAGAGAGAGUGAUGAAUUAAAAAAAUCUUGAAAAUUAACAAACUAGACAUGGUCAGUAGUAUUUUCCUGUGCAUCAUGCAGCUACCUUAUUUUAUUUUGAGUUCAUAUUGGCUUAUUUUAUAUAUUUUUUUGUUCCAAUUGGUUAUUGUGAUUACUGUGAUUUUGGUUUUACAACACUCAUUUGAAAUGUGCAUUUCUAAUGCAUUAUUUUCAUCAACAGCCCCUCAAGCCUGGCAUUGGACAGUACUCAUCUACAAGUACAGCAGAUGCUGAUGAAACUCCUUUCUUGGAAAUGUGUAUUGGUAGGUUUAGAUCAGACACUUACAGUAGAAUUAUGACAAAGUAUGCACCAUGUGAUCAAAGACUCUUGAUCCUAAUCACUGGUUAACAAAGGCAACUUUUCAUUUAUCUCUGACUUGACAAUAAGAGAUAAAUAAAAAUUUUAUGUACUAGUAAUAGGGUAAUGCCCAACUCUUACUCCAAGGUUGGCUGUAGUAAAAUCCUUAUCAUAAUUAUAGAGGAUGAGUUUGAAAGUGGCUGCAAGGAAGCUCAGUGUUCUCCAGGGAUUUUUCUGUGCUCAGCCAUAAAAAAAAGCACCAGAGCACCAGACAGCGAAGGUUGAAAUUGAUCUCAAAUCAAGACAGGUAUUUUGCUGCUUUGUCUAUUUGAAGUAGCUGAAUGAUGCUUUAGAAACAAGGCUGGUAGCUGACAAAACACCAGCUGCUAGUACUUUUGUAGAAAACUGGAAGUAUGGACCUUAAAAUUAUUUAGUAAGCUGUAUUUAUUUUUCCAGCUUGUCAUCAGCUGAUUAGUUCAGAGGAAGGACAACUGCCAAAUGCCUUUGUUGAAAUUAGAACCAUGACCCCACCCUCAACAUCUUGGAGUAAACAUGCACAGACUGAAAUAAUUGAGGUUAGUUUAUAGGGUGGGUUGGCUGGGAAAAAGAAGGUUUGUCUUUUAAGAAUAAAUUUUGGAGAUGGAAAAUUGAAUAAUUCUCUUGAUUAUUUCCUUAGAUGUAGAUGCACCAAUGAUGUGCAUGGAAAUUAUGAGACAAAAAUAUGUAUACCUGUAUUUGUCUGCCUCAUGACCAAUUGAAAGAAUUUCCCUUAAUAAUAUUUAUACAAUAUGAAGCAGGCAAGUGAUUAGAAUAAAGAAACAUAUAAACAAGGGGACUAUUGCACAGUUGAUUUUAUACCAAAAUCUCCAAACUGUUAUUGUAAGAAUUGUAUGACAGACAAUAAAGAGAAUUACUAAAAAGUAGACCUUUGGAAUGAAUGGGUUAAGUAGUCUUUUGUGUUGCUAAUAUGGGCUGCAAGCUAAUUUUGUUUUUAAAAAUCACCACUUGGAAACUUGAAAUUACAAACUUUUUUCUUGAAGGAAAGGUUAUCAAUUUGGAGGUUUUUAGUACCUGUGCAUCUGAGGGCUUCUUCAUACCUGUGCGCCAAAGAUGAAUAUGCAGAUUGUUCAAAAAGAAAGCAAUAAAGUCCUGAUUAUAUUUUACAUCAUCAACACUUAGUGAUUAAUACAAAGCAACCUUAUGCAUGCCUACUGAUUGAAAGAUGCAAAAUAGAAGUCAUGUUUUUUCUACUUGUCGUGGCAACCAAAACAGUAUUUUUAUGCUUGACAUCAGAUUUAUUCAUAAUGCAUACUUUAACUGUGUUCUCAGAGAUCAAAGACAAAGACACUGUGCAUUGUAUUUGAAUUUUUGAUCGUAUUUUGUUAAUAUGUUAUCAUGUGUUUCCUUUGAAUGUCUUCAGCAAAAAAUUGACCCAUAUUUUCUGACAACUGUGGUGUUCCCUGAGGGAACAGUGAAUGAGAUGACUCGUUUAAAAUUAGCGGUGUUUGAUGUCAGAGACAGAGAAAAUGAAGAGGUAUGUGUGAUCUUGUCAUGUAGUGCUUGCUUUUGAUGCCAAUAAAAAGAUGAAAAAAUUGUGCUGUUAUCUAAACUGAAUUUUGGCCUGUCCCUUACAGAUGUCCUUGUUGGGCCAAGCAAUGUGCACAAUGGGUGACAUUUUAACAUCAGUUGAUCAGAAAUUGCUCUUAACUUUGACGUAAGUAGUCCCAACAAAAAGUUAUUUUCAAGAGUCAUAAGCCAGUAAGAUUUGUUCUAAUCAUAGUUUGUUUAUUUGUGUACUGUUUUAUUUCCAGUCCUCUUGAUUCACCUGAUGCCUGUGGAACUGUCACAGUACUCGGAUGGAAGGUGAGCAUGGAUCAGAAAAACAACUUUGAUUAAGGCAUAUUUGGAUUUGAUGCAGUAGGGUAGAAAAGUUUCUUUCUUCAAAAUUCCAUUCAUCCUUUUAUUCAUCUGUUAAUUUACCAAACAGAUUCCAUGCUACCACGUGUCUGUCUGGCACUAGAUCACAGAUGACAUCAAAUUGUGGUAAUAACGAAAAUGUGGCACAUUAGGUGCAGCUGACUGUGUCACUGAUGUUCUUACCAAUGACAGUUUGUCAUCUCCUGUGUUUUAUUACUGUGCAGGCCAACAGCAACAUGGAAUCAGUUUGUUUUAUAUGAUAAAAAAUGCAAAAUGUUGUUAGAGGUGACACCAUCUAUGCAUCUGUCAUCCAAUAGUUCACAAGAAAGAACUAUGAAAUGGGUAUAAUUCAGUUUAUCAUUUAAUCCUUUGACCCCCAAGAGUGAUUAACAUCUAAUUUCUCCUUACAAUAUCACCCCUGAAUCCCACAUUAAGGUCAUGAGAAUCAAGGAAAUGAUCACUAGCAUAAGACUCUCUUGAUUGUUAAACUAAUUCUCCUUGCCAGCACCUUAGGAAAUCUAAAGACAAUUGUAUGGAGAAUGUGCAUAUUGAUGUUAGGGUGUUAAGGGUUAUUUGCUUUUUGCUCCCUUGCUCAGAAGUAAUUUUUUUGUAUAGUUAUGUUGUAGACAAAACAAAAUUCACCUGCAAAGAAAAUAAUGAAAAUCCAAACAUAAAGGCAAAAAUUACGUUUGAUAAUGAUUUAAAAGUGGCUGGUAGUCUUUGCCAGACCAACUCAAAGACGCAGCUCUUCCAUUAGUCAUUUUCCGAUUUUUUUUAAUAUAAGCUAUGUGUUCCAUGAGUAUCCUCACUAAAAUUGUCGAUAGAUAUCGCACUGUGUAAUUAAUUAUCGCAAUUGUUAUUGAAACGUUUAUGUCACUGGGCGCCAAAAGUACAAUUGAUGAGGAUAAUGAUGAUGAUGAUGAUGAUGAUGAUGAUGAUGAUGAUGAUGAUGAUGAUGAUGAUUUUUAUUUUCUCUAUCUUCUGAUCAGGUGGAUGGUCGUAAAUCAUCAAAAAGAAUUUCUCAAAUUGAGGUAAAGGUAUUUUUAGUCACGUAUAGUGCGAUUGGUCUGAGUUAUUCCCUUAGCUAAAGGAGUAUCUUUGUCAUUGCAGGAGGAGAAUGAUAUGGGAACCAGGAAGAAUAGCGGAAGGUAACACAUGUCAAAGCCCUAAUGAAGUUCGGUUGUGCUUUUUUUUUUGUCUCUCGAUUUAACCACUUAGGCUCGAUGUAGCCACUUCCGAUGUGGAUCGCGACGUUUCGAUUGAAUACUGUGAGACUUUUUUUUCAGGCGAUGUGGUCAUCUGUAUACGCGUCAUCUUAUGAACCGCUAUUCUCUGAUUGGUUGGUUUUUAAAAGCUGUGAUUGGCGCGUUUCGGAGAUGUGUUCUUUCAGUGGUUUACAGUCGCAAGGCUAUCUUAUGGUUACGUUUCAAGAUCGUCGGCGUCCGUGCCUCUGGGAUUUUUAUUCUACUGUCUCUGUUAAAAUUCUUUAGAUGAAGUCUUAGCUGUAUUGCCAAUUUUACCUGGCGUGUGCAGCAUUGGGUAUCAAUAUCAAUAAAAUUUACAUCGUUUCAAAGCAGGCAUUGUCCGUAAUUGUGAGCAUAAUGUUUUAAUAGUUGACGUGUAUCCAGUCGACCUUCUCGCCCGAAGAAAAUUAUCCGUAUGCGAUGGAAAAAACCCAAUCCACAUGGUAAUAAGCUGAUGAUGAUGAACAUAAUGAAAUUAGUGAUUCAUUUCUUUCCUUCAAUUUUUGAUUUCGUAUAGAUCAAUGGCGAUGGUGGAACACAUUCUGAAAAGAAGUUAUAGAUUCCCAACCACGUAAGAAUGACAAAAUCGUGUACACUGUCCGUGUGCUUCAGGUAGAACAGGAAUGAACAUAUUUAGGAGGAGUGAGCUUCUUCCUAUAUAUAUAUAUCGUAUCGUCACGCUAACCUAAAACCUCCUCAGGUGAUUACAGCGCUUUUCGAGUGUCGUAAAGCUAAAACCAAAGUUAUCAAAACAGCCAAUCAGAACAAAGGAAAAUACACUUAAGAACCAAUGAGAACUCAAAGAAAAAACAAGCGAGCUGCGAAAAGCGCGGGAAAACACAGACAAAGUUGUGAUUGGUUCGUAGUUUUGUAUCUGAUUGGUUGAGAGAGUCACGCGAGUUUACGUAUACUAAUCCUUUUUCUCGUCCCUUCCAGGAUGCGAGGUGUUGUUCUCAAAGUGGUGGAAAUGAUGGGAGAGAGCGUCCUCACUUUUAAAAUACCAAUUCAGCUGUUGUGAGUACUUAAAAUCUAUCAAAUACGAGCCCGCAAGCGCGCGAAGGAACGUGCGAGAGGUCUGCUGGGGUCCUUUACUAACCCUCGCGGACCUCGCGCGCGCUCUCAUUGCUCGACUGCUCGAAACGCGCAGGGCUACGCUGCUUAUAUCGUAGCGCUUAUUAGAACCUGUCCGCAGGCCAGUCAAAUACUGAUUAUUAUGACUAAACGCAGUGUAACCAUUUUGCAUUACAUAGACCUGUUUUGUGCAAGUCACCAUGGUUCAUAGAGCUCCAAGUCCGUUUUUUUUCAGAGUCGCCACUCGGCUACUUUAAAUCAUAAAACAGUGGCCAAAAAGAUUAGCUAAGUUGCCAGAAUAUAAUAUUUUUUUUAAGUUAAAGAAAUAACUGAUCGGCGCUUUUACUUGGAGGUUUGCGCGACAUCUCGAAGCAUCAUACUCAGACAAUCGAAGAGAAAGUGGUAAUUUUUUCCAUACAUGAAUACUUCGGAGCAUUUUAAAAUAGUAUUUAACGCAAAUGUUUCUUUCAGUUCAGAAUUGGAUCUUGAGCACUAAGUAAUUUUAAAAAACAUCGCAGCUUGUAACGUGACCACCAAAUAGAUUGUCAACUCGGCGAUUCUCGCAGCAAAGUUAGUACCAAAUUUCUCCUACUCGCCAUUGCCACCAAAGCGCUGGGACCUUUUAGUUUCGGCUUGUAAAGUACCAUUUUGUUUUCAGGAAAAUGUAUAUCGCAGAGGAGCAGCAGAAGAUUCUUGAGCUUCACCACCUGGGAGAUGUGAGAAUUCAUUUACAUUUUUGUUAAGUGGUAUUUGAUAGAUGUAGUGAAGAUGUAAGUCAUUUCAUUGAAAAGUGUAUUAGGUGGAUACCAGCCUGGUAGAGAGAGCACUCAUCUGCAAUCGGCCCCGUUGAAAAUAGGUCCAAUAAGAAACGUUGAUACGUGUAAUUUUCCUAAGAAUUAGAUACCACUAAUCUUCAUUUGAAGAGCGCUGCAACAGUGAACUAAGAGAUGGUGUUCUCAAAUUGUCUGGUCUCUAAAGUAUCGAUUUUAAUUGAACAUUUUUAUUUUAGUUGAAUCCUAACUGGGAAAAUGCUCGGCAAGAGAUCCUUGACAAUCAUUUCAAGCUCAUCUGUGCUUACAAAGGCAAUCUUCAAGAACUUGUUCCUUUACAAGGUUCGUUGUAAAAACAAUACGUAUUUAAGAUUGUUAUGACCGCAAGUGAUGUGGAUGCAGAUGAUUUUAUUAGACUUAAGAGUGACUAGCAUCUAAUUUCUCCCUACAAUGUCACGCCUGGAUCACACAUAUAGCUUACGAGAGUAAAGGAAAUGAUCACCGAAUGAAGGAGCUCUUGAUUUUUUUAAACAAAUUCUCCUUGUCAGCACCUUAGGAAAUGUAUAGAGAAUAUACAAGCUGAUGUGAUGGUGUAAAGGGUUAAAUUGAGACUUGCACUUCUUUGUUUUUAGGUACAUUUUUUAAGCCUGCGAGACUCAGAAAUGAUAAGAAACUGGCUUUUAUUCCAAUUAAUCUGCACAUUCAGCGAAUGAAGGUUAUGCAAGACAAUGAGGGAGGUACGGAGUUGUAGAAGCGUACAUGUUUGGUUGCGAUGAAUGUUCCAUUAGAAGCCCCUUUAUCGAAAAAGAAAUUAGUCCAAUCAAAGCUGGCAAGAGGUGAAAAGAAAGAGGAGAUAAAACCAGUUCCAGUUAGAUGUGUAGAUGGAGCCGAGUGUUGGAAUAAUGGAGUUGGUGCUGAGUGGGGGAAAAGUUGUUACCAGUCCCGAGGGCGGGAAAAUAUGUUACCAAUGCCAUGCGUACGACGAAAUAUUACCAACGCAGGCGCGCGAAAACAUAUAGAUACUGCACACGUUGAGCGCAAGGAAAAUUGGUUACCCGCUCCUAGCGCAAAAAAAAAAAAUGUUAUCGGUGCCAUGCGGGGGUAAUGUAACUGUUGUCAAGCGCGGGACAGCUUGUAACCGGUGUUAAACGCGGGAAAGCUAUAGACGUCAGUGGCGGUGUUCUUAGGAAAAAAAACUAUCCUUUUUUUUUGUGUACUGCAUUGUUGUUAAAAUAGUAUUUUUUUAAGGCAUCUUCGAGGUCGUUUACACGAGGCUUUAAUGAUGAAAUACAAGGUGCUUUUUUUUUCAUCAGGGACAUUGUAUGACAUGGUCACCGUCGGUGCUCCAGCUGCUCAUACGCUUAAAUUUGGCCAGGGAGGACUAAGGCGACUGUACACGACACUUAGGAAGGCACAACAGAGGUAUGCUUACAUGAUAGAGUCAGUGCAACCAACUUUGCUGGAGUACUAAGCGUAUUGCAUUGAAAUAUUUCGUACCAAACGGUUAUAGUGAUUCCCGAUGUCUAUGAUAUAGCUCAGGGGACCUCUAAGGGUAUCAAAUGGUAAAUCUAACAAAUUUAAUUGACUUUCAGUGGUGGGGAGAGUGAAAACAAAGCUCCAGUGGUGAAACAGCUCAGAGGUGAGUGCAGGAAGCGGGGGUGAAAAGGAUGGGUUGAUAUCCACCACAGAGCGUUAAAGAAAUAUCCAUUUAUGGGUAAACUAGCUGAUUUUUUGGCUCUGGCUGCGUUCACAAAGAUAUCAGCGAGUUAAUGUUUCAGUCAUUUGUAUAAAAGGGUGUUUUACGAUUUGACAGCAUAUGUUUUCCGAAUUAGGAGAUAAUCGCAGUUACAGAGCAUUUAAUUUUUGUACUGAUUUGUGUAGAUCGGCAAAUGAAAAUUGUGGUUGGACUUCUCCGUCGGAAGCUGUUAUAAACUCCUCGUUUGUUCUUUUGUAGUUAAUUUGGAAAAAUUUAAGUCACAACUGAGCCAACAUUGUGAAAAUGUCAAGAAGUAAGUCGCUAAAUUUUGAUUUCUAUCUUUUACUUAAGAGAAUGUUGAACGAACAGUUAACUUCUUACUUUCCAAGUGAAUACUUUAUCAUGAUUGCUCUCAUAAUAGGGUUAGGCUUUUUUAGCGAUGGCAAAAAAAAAUGUAGGAGAGUAUUAUUUUAUUCAGUGAAAUGUCGAAAAUGACAUUUUCGGGAAAGGAAAAACGAAAAAUGUUGUGGAUGCGAAAAGUAUCGAAUAAAUUUUUUUCCUUUUUUGGUUUUAUCCGAAUUUUAUCUGUUUUUGUAUUCAGCUGUUGCCCCAAUAUCUUUGUGAAUUUUAUACUAACAGUUUUAUUGCAACGUCUUAGAAAUAAUUAUCCGUUUGUUGCUUCGUUUUCUAGGGCCAUCAGAUCGGGAGAUGUGACAAAUCUCUUGGAAACCAUGUCGCGUCUUUCAGACAAGGUAUGUAGGAAGGGUCACGUGCUCCAUUAAUUAGACCUUGCUUUGUUUUGAUUGGUCGUGAAAAACUCGCGUUAUGGUCUGAACCAAUCAGAUCAAAAUUAAAACCAAUAGCGACAAGGUCACUCAUUUUCCCGCGCAGGGGUUUGGUUACGUGUAGUGACUUCCGUUCUAAUCAAUCCGUAGUGUUAUUUGGCAGAGCACUUUAUACCGACAUUACGUCUGUCCACCAAGGCUUACAAUGAACUGGGUACAAGAAAAUCAGUAUGUUGAUGGGUAUUCUGGGAAGGAUCAGCCUUCCUUUCCUGAAAGAUCUAUGUGCUUUAGUCAGUUCACCUUUUUAUUUGGUUUUAAAUUUUUUCUUACAUGUACGAUUUUGUUUUUUUGUCUCAGAUUAGUUAAUAGAUUUUAAACAAAGGAAAAUCAAUUAAAAGUAGAUCUGCUUUGGAAAUUUUAAAACCACGGAAAUUUUUUUUUUCCCGAACUCAUAUUGUACGAUGGACCAGCAUGUUAUCAAAAUUAGGAUGAGAUUGUUUCAUACAUACUGAACGAACGACUGUGAAAAUACAUCGUUCGUCCAAUCAGAGGCACGAACUAUAGUACUUCCUGGUUUAAAUCUCGGUAUGAAUGAAACAAUUUAAUUUUCCUAGUCGUUUGUGUUUGAGCCUCUAUAAUUUCUUUUAUUUAGGCAACGCAGUUAUUGAAAUUUCGUGAAGCCCCUUUGGUGGUAGAAUCAUUAGCGUCGCUUGAGAAAGCUGUGCCUUCUCCUAAAGAGGAAGAUUCGCCUACAGACGGAGGUAUACCCUAGAGUAACACUCAUUCUAUAAGCCGUUAAGUCCAGAUAACAAGUAGAUUAUUGGAUCUAGGGUGUUGAAAGUGUUUCGUGAAUGUAACAAACCUAAUAAAAAAGACAGACUCGCGUUUUUAUCUUAUUUUGUUUACAACAGCACACAGUUAAGCCAUACACUGAACUCACCAUCGAUCAUGGAGAAGACAGCGAGUAUCACAGCCAAUAAGAUUACCGCAUUGUGAUAGAAUACCAAUAUUUCUAUACCUUUUGUCGUUGGAAACUAAUCUAGUGAUUAGAAUUAGUUAUUGUUUUAUUGCACUUGCCGUGGUGGUGUGUGAGAAACGCGUUUUAGAAAUGAAAUCUCAGACUAAGCGUUGACCCAUCCAAAACCUCAUCACAAUAAACCUCUCGAAAUUCUUUGUUUUAUGUCCUAUUUGCUUCAUUUUUGAUCUUCCAAUUGCUGAUUUAUUGUUAUUUUUCUAUUUGUUUGUUUGUUUUUUUUUUGUUUACAGAUAAUUUCUGGAAUGUUCAGAUAUUUACCAAACCUAGUGCUAAGUGCCAGGUAAAGUAUCUUGGCGAAAAUAAUUUGCGAAUUUUCUUUACCGACUUCCAAAAGUAGAAGUGGAUAGAAGUGUAAAUAGUGACAGUUUUCCACCUUCGAAUAUGAAAGCGAUCUUCGUAAUAAUAAAGACCACUUAAGCUAUAGUGAAAACAAGGGCUCAAAAAAUCCAGGCCUUUACGGGAUUUAAACCCAUGACCUUUGCGAUACCAGUUCAGUGCUACACCAUCUGAGCCAACAAGCCAGCUGGGAGCUGGUCAUUAUGGUGAUUCGUAAUAAACUCGUGAAAUGGUAUAUAAAUAAUUGUGAAUAUAUGAAAAUCAUAGAUGUGAACUGUGGAUUAAGAGAUGAAAGUGAUCUUCGCAGCAAUGAAGACUACUUAAGCAGUAGUGGAAAUAAGGCCUGAAAAAUUUCGGGCUCGUGCGGGAUUUGAACCCGGCAUCAAGUUUUUGAACGCAAAGUUUGAACGCAAAGUUUUCCACCUUUGAAACAAAAUUUUCAAGGCACAAGUAUCACAUUUGCUUGAGCCCGCGUUUGCAAGCGGUCAUUUGGAGCAGAUGUAAGAAGUCUUUUUUCCAUUUGAAUGACUACUGACAAUGGGAAAUUCUUGUUCCUAUGAAAUCAAAACCUUCUCUCUUUCAUUUGUCUUUCUGUAGGAACUGUCUACUCUCGUCAAUCAGAGCCUCGUCAUGAUGCAGAGUCACAUGGAAAGUAUGGUUCAGAAUGCUCGGCCACCUGAAGGUAUAGAUGCAUUAUGGAAAUGAGCUAUUUUGUCCAAAUUGAACGGAUGUCUGAUAAGUAACACAGCUCUCUUAUAUUUGAGUAUUUUUGUCCUGUUGUAUAGGAAAGUCUUGGGUGGAAGUGAUUUUAUCUGAGGUGCAUGACUUUUCCAGAGCCGUAGACGGUCUAGUGAAGGAAAUUUAUUUGGGAAUGAUAUUCCUUCAGUUACAGGUACGCUUAGAGUACGAAAAACACUUUCUAAUUUUCUAUCUCGAGAUGCGAUUAACAAGUAACCUCCCUAAACAAUUUCAAUGCACUAUUAAUGAAGAUAUACACUCUUAUCGGUAUCAGCUGGAGGUACUAUUUUGAUACAAAACCGAAUUCUCUUAAAUGCACUUUAGGCAAUCAGAAUACGCUUAAAGUUCUCCUCUUCAUGUUUCAUAUCAUAUGAUAACAGGAAGAAGCCAAACACGCCUCUCUACUGUACGAAAUUCGAAGAAGGCAGGACAUUGUUUUCUCUCACGCAGUAAGUAUUUGCGACCGAGAUAGGGUGAUACCCCUUGUAUUGACAAUAAAAAUAAUUUGUAAAACAUUGGGCCUCGGUUCUUAGCAACGCAAAGGCGCCUUCCGUUGAUUAUUUUGCCACAGUCACGUUUAAGAGACUUGGAAGCUUAUUAGAGCGAGGUCUGGGUUAGAGCUCUGACUGGGUCAUUGUGAUGUGUUCUUGGGGCAGAACACUUUCUCUGACAUUGUAAUCUCCAUUCAGGAGUUGGCGAACUGUUUCCAAACCUAACAAAAUGCGGGUGUGGGGGGGUGGGGAGUGAGGAACCCGUGAUUUACACCAAUCUCAUCAGGGAUGAUUAGGAACACUCUUAGGUCGUAUCAUGUUGUGAAGAGUAGAUAAGCUCCGGCAUUAAUUUGGAUCGUAAGGCUUAAAACAUCUUGAUUUGACUUUGGACUGGUAUCUAAUAAGUACUUUCCGGGUGUCUGUUCGCAGGUCACGGCUUUGGUGGCUGGGUUUGUUUGUAAACUUCACACAUCAUUCUCCAACGCCGUGUAUCUAAAGCAACUUGUUCAGAUUGGGUUUCUGGCACAUUUUGAGAGCCUUCUUACCACAAACGGUAUGAAAUGCUACGUUUUUUUUCAUUUGGGAUUUUACAGACAAAGUAAGGAGAAAGCCCUCUGGGUAUCAUUAAUCUCAUUUCUCUAAAUAUUGACAAUAUUGGUCAUUUCUUCACCCUCCUUUCUUGAUCUUGAGCCCGUGAUUUUUAUCGCGAAGCAUUUUGAAUAUGGCUGUCAAACAUCUGCGCAUGUAUGAACGUUGAAAAGGCUAAGAGGUAACUAAACGCCGAAAAUUGGCGCGCGGCUGGCGAAAUUUUACCAAUUUACGCAUGCCCGACGUUUGAGCACUGUAGUAGCAGUGUAAUGUCUUUAAUUUGGAUGAACUGACUUGAACCCCCAUUUUCAUGGCCUUUCAUCUUCUUACUCUCCGAAUGGACAGAUGGUUUUUUUUUUUUGCAAUAGAUGUAGGUAGCUGAAGUAGCAUCCGUGUUUGUUUACAGAUGAACGGAGAUGGCCUACAGUGAUAAAACCAAACUCAUCUCUCAUUGUGACCCUACAUCUACGAUAUACGUUAUAUCACGUGAAUGUGUUUUUUUUUGUCUCUAGGGGAUGAAAUGGGAAUGCUGGAAGACGUGUGUGUGAGCAUAAGUAACCUAACGUGCGUCAAAUUUAAGGUGACCUGUCAACUUUGUUCUUGUCGUUGUAUCAGUGCAAGACUUCUUUAAAAGAAAGUUGGUGAGAAAUAUACUCUCAAACCAAGAUGCGAAAACCCCUGCAAAAUGCUACAUUCUGUCGAAGGAAGGAAUGUACAAAGGACAUACUUCCAUGGCGUAUAAAUCUUUCGAAAGGAUAGAUAAAAAUUAAGAUUUUAGAUGGAGAAUACAGAUCUUAGGCAUAAAUUUAUUACUGCCGAGCUUUUACUUUAUUCGAUUCUCUCGAUUGCUAGAUUAAGUGAAGCGUACCGUACCUGUAGUAAACUAUUGUUUCUAUUUUAGUUCAAACUGUGUGACAGAGAAGAUGAAAUCCCAACUUUAAGUGGGAACAGGUAAGAUAAAUUUUUUUCUGCGUUUCCUUAUAGCGGAGCUCGCAGAGCGUAGCCCCAAAAUUAUACAAAAUAGUAGUAACCCAUCAAGCCGAAAAAAUUUGGAUGUACGACCGUACGACCGUACAAGGUGCUACUUUUAACAUGCGUGGUCAACUGUACCGCGGGCACGCCAACGCCACGGCUUUGUCCAGUAGUCCAGUGGUCAGUGCACUGGGCUAGUCCUGGCCGGGGCAAGGCGUUUUGCCCUUGAGACGUGCGGGGAAAAAAAUGCGAGCCCCGCUUUUAGGCUUGGCUAAAUCUAUAUAUUAGUCAGCUCAGAAUGUUUCCCGUGGAUCUGCGCAAUGACGACACAGUCAUCGCUUAGUUUCGUGGAUAGUACCAAUUUUUGUAUUUCCCGCUGUCCUUAAUGGGCCAAUCGGCGCUAGGUAGGUAGUAAUAGUAGAAAUAGCGUGAUUGUGUCUCCCCACCCGAGACAAACAGUUACAUACUUUCCCUCUAUAGUAUCAUCCGUAUUCUCACGCUUCUCAAUGACUUUGAUAUCAAAUACAAAUACGCUUUAUGAGAGAUUCUUAUUAAACUCUUAAUAUUGCAACUACAUGAAUUGAGUUGUUCUUAAUUAGGUCUUAUAUUCAAGUGAACGUGUCACUUCCGCCUGUCCACUUCCGGAGGCUGCCACGUGACUUACAGGAAGGUCGUUUAGUCAAGGUCAUUCCAGUGCUCUUUACACAGGGCAUCAAUGAACACGCUACAUUGGCUGAAAGGUAACCUUUCUAUGGGUGAUAUUUAAUGUCUCCCUAAAGAGAUUUUAGAUUGUGUAGAUGGCCGGUUGUGAGAAAAAAGAACCUGACCAAUUCAAAGAAUCUGUCAUAAACUCUACGGAGGUUAUGGGAAAGAAGGGUCCAAGAACUUCAGUAUAAAAGCUGAUUAAAGCAGUCGGUAACGGAACUUGCAUGAUGUGCAAGAGGAAAGAAGUCACAAUCUCCCAGCCAAUGGAUGUUCUGUAGUUUAUAAUGUCUUGGCAGGAUGAUAUGCAGAAAGGUGCAGCGUAUAGCUUAAUACGACUAGGAAAUCUUAUGCAGUGUAUUAAUAAUGAUUGGAGCCAAAAACGAACUAGAUUUCCAUUUUCCAUUUUUUUUCUGGGAACAUUUAUCGAAGACAUCCACCGCAAAAUAUCUCAUCCUUUUAAAUAUUUAUGUCAUAUUUGAAAAAUUCCUCUUCCAGAUUUGGAGAUACCAGUCUACAAGAAAAGAUCAAUGGUGAUAACUAUAGUAUCCUAAAUUUUUACCUUGAACAGUUCAAAGACAAGUUUCCCGACGCAAGUAAGUUGAAAGACGUUUUGAGAAUUUUGGUCAACCACAGAAAUGCCUGUCUAAUGAAACCAUGUCAUCUGUUUUCCCUUCUGUUUUCCUCUCACCUCCCUACUUCCAUCUAACUACUUCUUAACUUCCUUAAUUUCCUCACUCUCUCCCUUAUCCCGCUCUUCUACGACCCCCCCCCCUCCCUCCCCGUUCUUUCUUGUCUUGUCCCUUCCUCCCUUCUCGGCCGCCUGGAAAGUAUCUUCUUUGUUGAUAUUUAGGAUUAUUGAGACAGGCAUUUGAUUCAUUUGAUGUCUUCCUUUUUUUAAUUCCAAUCCUACCAGUUGCCUCCAGAAGGGAAGGUGAUCAUAGUGUGGAGCAGCUAAUGAAGUCCUUGAAAUCAAACAUCGAAAGCAGACGAGGGAAGAAUGUGGAUAUUCUCCUCAUCAGCGAAGAGGUACAGCGUAUUAGAGUGCAUUUUCAUUGAGUUUCGUAAAAUCAAAAUAAAAGGUAUCACAACGGCCAAUCAUAGGAAUGGAAAUAUCUAAAGAAAGCGGUGAGAACUCCAAGUAUAAACAAGCAAAUUUUCUGAAGAGGUGAUUUGCUGAGAUUGGCUGCGAUUGGCUGAAUUUAAUUGGCUUAGAGGAUGGCGCAGGUUUUCUGGACCAAUCACAUAGCGAGUUCAUUACUUUCGACACUCAAUUGAAAGUAGCUCAGUAUCUCAUUUUACAGUGGCCUGUGGGCUAUGGGGGGGGGGGGGAAGGGGGGAAGAUCACGAUCGGAUUGAAAUGUUUAAGAUUUGGCGGGGUUUGUUUUGGAUGUGGCCUUGGCUUUAACCAUUUACACCCAUUCAGGAAUACAAAUGGAUUCCGGCGAGCGAAAAAUUGGAUCGAAUUGGCAUCUGUGGAUUGUGAAGGUGGCUACAUACUCUUUGUCGUUUCAUAUAAGGGAAACUGGAGUAAGCUACGACCGAAAUCCUCGAGUGCAAGAUAGACUUUUGUAAAGUAAGAACUGGGUCUAAUGCUUCCCUAUAACGAUUUAUAACAAUUCUCUCUUCCUUUCCCACAGAUUUGUUGGAGGUUGAACGGAUGCCGUUUCAUGAGUUGUAAAAGCGCAAAAGACCGAACAGGAAUGGGAAUCACUUUGGAGCAGUGCAUGAUCCUCAAACGGGAACACAACAUGGACUCACAGUUUUUCCAGCAGGCCUUAGACGCCAUGAGAAGGUACCGUACAAGGGCGUUUCUCGCGGAGAGUGCCAGGGUCCAUGUGUUUCCCCUCAUUUAAGAAAGUAGUCAGACUCCCACCAUCCCUCUUGUAAAAUUUUGGUAAAACUUGCAACCGACGUUAGAGUAGCUCAGGGUAAUUUUCAACUGAAUGUCAAAAGUAAUCUGGGAUUGCUGUUGUCUUACGUCGAUGUGCUCUCUGAUUGGUCUAGAAGACUCGAGAGGCCCACCAUCUCAACCAAUCAGACACUUCGCUUGAACCAAUCUCUACAAUUUCACUCGUUUUCCCACGCCUCAUGAAGUUUGCUAGUUUUUUUAUAUUAGUUCUCGUUGGUUCUCUGUGAAAAAUUUCCUGUGUUCUGAUUGGUCCUUUUGAUUACUCUGGCUUUGGUUUUAGGACACAUAAUCCAAGUUCGCUGUGGCAAUUUCAUUUUGCGAACAGAACUAGACAAAGAGCACAAAUUUUGAAUAAAUAAGGUUGCUGAUUAGGGUAACAAGUUUUCUGUCUCACUAUCCGUUUUUUGAGGCCUGUAUUUCCUUCUGUUUAUUUUUUGACACAGGUGAAUUAUUUGCAGGAAUAAAAAAUUCUUUACCUCUUUAUUAACUACUCAAACAUUGGGUAAAUCUAGUUUUGCUGCUUUUGUGUUUUGUAGUGAAGGGACGAGACGAGAGAAUACAUUCAAGAACACUGGAAUACGAAGAUAUGCCUUCAAUUCGUGGCAAGUCAUGGCUUUGCCCAAACUCUAUCGACCCCCUGACGGUACUUACGGAAAAAAUGUUCAGACUUGAUAACAAGAAAGUGGAAGACAAGUCAUGAGGAGAAAAAAGACUUUAUACCAUAGUCAAUGCGUUAUUCAUUUCACACAAUUUUCUCGAACUAGAAUGUCAUGCGUUCUUCUCGAACGUUUUGUAAACUUGUCACGCUAUGCUCUCUUUAAAUGGAGCAAAGUUAUGAUACGAGAUGUCAUUAACCUUUCCAGCCAUUGAAAAUGAGCAUGCUUGGAUUGUUCUAUCUUUUUACAGAAAUAUAUUUUUUACUCGUGAUAAAAGAAAACUUUUUAAAUAUUCCCCCCCCCCCUUUGAUGCUUUCGAAUAUUUGCCUGUUGCGUCUUACUUGAGAAAUUUUUUUGUUUUUUUGUUCAUUAAUAACAAUUAUUCACCGACACUAUGGUAAAUAAUUGUCUUAGCAAAGACUUAGUAUAGACUACACAGCAACCAAAAAAUGAAUUUUCUGUUAAUACACUGAAGAAGGAAAUUAAACUCUUGACGCCGGAUUUUUUCCCCUGCUGCUCGGAGGGGAACAUUAUUGGCUAAAUACUUCCGAACCGGGCAAUCAGCGCGCGCGGAAAACACUAUUCACCUGUGUGGUAUAUACUAAUUUUGAUUAACGCUGGCGUGAGGCAAGAAGUAAAUUAGGAGGGUUUACUGAGAAAUAAAACAUUUAAGAUUCUAAGUAGACAGCGGUUGCAGUGGUUUUCUAAAUUGCAAAAAUUUGUACAUAUCUCUAUUUUCUUCACUUCCAAGAUAGUUUUUGGGCGAAUGAUUAAAAACUUGUGGAGGAUGUGAAAAUUCAUUACUCUAGGUUUGUAUUCCAAUAAUGUUUGGAGAGUAUUCGAAAAUAAAGAUUCAAUUUUCUGAAUAAUAAUUGAUUCUGCAGAAAGCGGAAAGUAAUUGUAUAAUCUGAACUGAAGCCUAUUUUCAUUUUAAAUUUAAAUGCGCAGGAAAUUAUAAUAUUAAGGAAAGAUUCCGAAAAUGUAACUUAGAAUGGUGGUAACAAACUAUAAUGAGGCUACUAUGGCAGAAAAAUGAAUAAAGAGAAGUUAUUUCACUCAAGAUGUGGUCAUUGAAUCGAAAACCCAAAAGCUAUACCUUUCACGGUAGUACAUAACCAGUACGGCUACGGAACUGGUCAUUGGCCUACGUGUAGCCUUACCCUCCCCCUCAAGGUGAAAUGUUUCUCCAUGCGGGUAAGGCAAGGCAAGGCAAGGCUACACGAAAGCUAACUGAUCUCAGAUAUCGCUUAGUGGCGGCAGUGGGGGGGGGGGGAGAUUUGGUUGUACUAUCGGAUUCCUCCUUCCCUGAGGCUCUUUAGUGUUCAACCGGUCUCCCCGUAUUAGUAGUCAAUUUCCUAUACUACCCCCUUAAACUUGUUAUGAAGAGGACUGGAAUCUAGGUUUGAACAAAAUGUCCGACGGCGAGCAGCAGGAGGAUGAAUUACUUGCCUUAGCUUCAAUUUACGACGAAAGAAUCUUUAAUCAGUCAUCAGAGGAGAAGGGAGGCCAGUUUAAUGUAUUCCUGGAGUUGCCUAAACCUUUCAAACUGAAAAUACAAUCUAGAUCUCUACCAAAACAUUCUACGAGGAAGGAGAUCGAAGCUUCCAAAAAUACUGCGGACGCAGCGCAAAAUACCAGGAACUACGAGAUAUUAGAGGCAGAAUACCUUCCUCCGAUUGUGUUGAAUUUUAGAUUCCCUGAAGAUUACCCUUCGAGUAGUCCUCCACUGUUUACGUUAUCAUGCAAGUGGUUAACUGUCUUUCAGGUAUUACAUAAUAAAGGUUUUUUUGGGUUUGUUUCGUCUUAGGUGGAAAUGUAUUGGAUCAAGAGAAUAUAAGAAGUCUCAACGUUUCUAUAGGCUUAUUUGAAUGUAUUAAUGCGCCUUAGAGGCUUUCACAUCAGUGAAAUCAUUUAAAGUUUACCUGACCAAAGACAAGGAGUAUUUGCGAUGCUCUCUCGAGUCUUGGUGACUCUUUAUUAAUUAGUUCCCUAUAUGAGAAAGACACUAACAAGGAGGGAAGGCUUUUGAAAUAUUCUUAUCUUUAAGUCAGCUGUUAAGAUGCUGGAAAAGUCCUAGAUGACUGGGAUUUCAUUAUUUCUCAAAGAUCUUAAAUUUUUCUGGCCUCUGAAAACUCCUAACAGAACACAUCCUUGAAUUGACCAGGAUGGUGGAUGGUGGAUGGUGGAUGGUGGGGGUGGGGGGGGAUUAAAUAAAAUUCUGAAUGCCCAGGUUUUUGUUGCAUCCCUGAUUAUUGCGGUAAUAGAUAGUUGUUCAAGAUGCACACAUAAACUUCCGUUUUUGACGUACAACUUUGGUGUGAGGAAAGAUUUUAGCUUGGUACCAAGCAGUUGCUUAGUUCUAAUCAUGUUGCAUUCAAUACCAAAAAGUAAAGAAUGCUGCCAUUUGGAAAUUUCCUGAAAUCUCAGCUGGGAUGUAGGGGAAACUUGGAAAUCAUUUGGGGGAGGGGGGGGCUUACUUAUUUGAUGUGCUAAUCAAAAGUGUGGUGAAAUCUUAGUAUUUUUAGUAAAUACUACUACUUACAGUAAUUUAUGUGUUUAGCUGUCCAAGUUGUGUAAAUGUCUUGAUGACAUUUGGGCUGAAGAUGAUGGAGGAGAAGUAAUCCUUUUCAGAUGGACACAAUUUCUCCUCGAUGAAACUCUGACAACGUUAAAUGUUGGCAGUCCAUUCCCUUUGCAGUACAAGAGGGCCCAUGCACAGAGCAACAAGAAAAGAAGAGGAGAUCCAAGAGCUUUCCAAGAUGUUGCCUCACACAAUAAAUUGGUUGGUGCUAUUUUAGAGUACAACCAACAAGAAAAGGAAAGAGUUUUUUGCAGCAGCUAUUUUACAUGUAAUGUUUGCUUCAGUGAAAAACCGGGAUCACUUUGCAUGGAAUUCCAUGACUGUGGGCAUGUGUACUGUGUGGAUUGCCUUGCAGGCUACUUUAAGGUACAGAUUGAGGAUGGGGCAGUGAAAGCGCUGAACUGUCCUUCAGAAAAGUGUGAAUCUCAAGCUUUGCCCUCUCAAGUUAAGCAGCUUGUUAGUCCUGAAUUGUUUGCAAAGUAUGACAGAUUUUUGCUACAGUACAGCCUUGAUGGAAUGGCAGAUAUAGUUUACUGUCCUCGGCCCUCAUGUCAGACUGCUGUCGUGCUAGAAAGUGAAUCAUCCAUGGGUGUUUGUCAAUUGUGUUCCUUAGCAUUUUGUGCAUUUUGUAAGCAUACUUACCAUGGGGUUUCUCCUUGCGAAAUUAAGGGAAGUGAUGCAAGGAAGCUAACAGAAGAAUACUCUGCAGCUUCCAGGGAAGACAAAGAAUUGUUAGAAAAACGUUAUGGAAAACGAAAGCUUCAGAGGUUGUUAGAUGAAGUGGUCUCAGAAGAAUGGCUAGAUGCUAAUGCAAAGCAAUGCCCAUGUUGCAAAGCAAGCAUUCAAAAGAUUGAUGGCUGUAACAAAAUGACAUGUCUAAAAUGUCGGACAUACUUCUGUUGGCUGUGCAUGGCAAACCUACCACGCAGUAAUCCAUACCAGCAUUUCAACUCUCCAGGUAGUGGCUGUUUCAACAGGUUGUUUGAGGGUGUUGAUGUGGAUGAGGAUGAGGACGAUGAUGACUGGUGGUUAUGAAUUCACAGAUUAAAAUCACUCUUAUCAGUGAAUCAAUAGCAUUCCAAUUUCUGUUCAAAACAUUUCAAAGAACACCUAGUUAGAUUUUGUUUAAAAUUUUCAUUGAUUACCUUUGUAGAAGAUGAAUUAAUGGUAAACUAGGAUGUAAGAUUUUUUUCCUUGGUUAGCUGUAGAAUAGAAAAAAUAUUAUCCUAAGUAAGAAAUUGAAUAAAAACUGCAAACAGAUGUAACAAAAAUGGUAGUUCUUCCAGCCAGAUUGUUGCCUGAAUUUUUCUAAGAUACAUGAUGAGUUGCAUGUAACAAAGGCU